CUUCCCCGCAGCUCCGUAGCCAGCAGCGAUCCCUUUGAUGAGAGCUGCCCUCUGCGGCCGUGGAGAGCAACAGCAUGACUCGGACCUGCCGGUGCUAAGCUCUCCCGGUGGCCAAGCCUCCCUCAACGCCUUCCCAGCUUUCCCCACCGAAGUCCGCCGGAACGACGCCCUGCGCCAAACCGCCUCACGUCUGAUAUAAUCAGUGCUUUAUCUCAUGCCACUUUGACCCGUUGUUUCUCUCUCUCUCUCUUUCUACCUUUUUUCUUUCCCUGAUUUCCCUCCUCUUUACUUCCCUCCCCGGCGCCCUUCCCGGCGUCUUUCCCGGCGCACCCGUCCUCUGCCUUCCGCCGACCGCUGUCUCGCAAGAUGUUGCAGCAACUUUCGCGCGCUGCGCGUAUAAUCCUCGUCGGUGCGCCGGGCGCGGGCAAGGGUACGCAGACCGAACGCCUCAUCCGGCGCUUUCCCCAGCUAUCCUCCAUCAGUUCUGGUGACCUGCUGCGUAGCAAUGUUCGCAGUCGCACCCCGCUAGGCAUCCAAGCCGAGGCCAAAAUGAAGACUGGUGCACUGCUCCCGGACACAAUGAUGGUCCGAUUGAUUAUCAAUGAGCUCAACCUGCGCGGUUGGCUCGUGCCUGAUACCAUCAUGCCGUAUACCGUCAAUUUUACCGCUCCCGGCGCUGAGAGCCUGCUGGAGAGCGUCGACGACGUCUUCAUCCCUUCGCCGUUCCGCACUUCCAAGUACAACUACUCGGAGUCGCCCUCGGCCUCUUUUAUCCUCGACGGAUUCCCGCGCACUGCGGCGCAGGCAAAACAAAUCGACGAGAUAGUACCUAUCAACCUCGUGGUCAACAUCAAGACGCCUACGGAUGUCAUUCUCGACCGUAUCUGCAACAGAUGGGUCCAUGAGCCAUCAGGGCGCGUGUACAACACGACGUUCAAUGCACCAAGAGUGGCUGGUAUCGAUGACAUCACGGGCGAGCCGUUAGUGCAGAGGGCCGACGACAGCCCGGAGGUGUGGACGGCACGACUGAAGAAAUUCGAAGAGACGAGUGCUCCUCUGCUGGAGCAUUACGACAAGAAGUCCGUGCUAUGGACUGUCAACGGAAACAGCAGCGACGAGAUCAGCCCGCGGUUGUUCGACGAGUUUGCCCGCAGAUUUGCGCACUAGAAAGAAAUAUUGGCGUUUGGGACAGGGUUUCUGGAGUUUCAUACACGAUGCGCAAGGCCAAGGCCACGCAGGUCGCUUUGCCGUUAUUGUUUUCAACAUUUCCCCUCCCCCUAGUAGACGGGGAGGUUUCACCGAAUAUGACGAGUUCUACGUUCUUUCUGUAUCUAGCUGUGACAAUGGACAUAUAAAUGCUCUAAAUAGCCAUUUCCACCG